AUAAAUCUUUAGUUAAUAGUGUACUCAGAUUUCAAGUAUGGCAUCAUCAUCUUCUUCAUCAUAUGCUCGCAUUACCUAUGAUGUUUUCUUGAGUUUUAGUGGUGAGACGCGAGGAUCCUUUUCUGAUCAUCUCUAUGCAGAUUUGAAUCGGGCUGGAGUUAACACCUUUCGGGAUAAUGAAUCAAUCCGGAGAGGCGGGGAUAUUUCUGUUGAGCUAUCUAGGGCCAUAGAGGAGUCGAGGAUAUCCAUCAUCGUAUUCUCCAAAGGCUAUACUGGAUCCAGAUGGUGCCUAGAUGAGCUUGUAAAGAUCAUAGAAUGUAAACAGGAGUUGAAUCAGAUUGUUUUUCCCAUAUUCUACGAUGUCGAUCCUUCCGAGGUUCGCAAACAAACAAACACUUUUGGUGAUGCAUUGACUCUGCACGAACAACGAUUUGGGAAUCAAAAAAUUAAUAAGUGGAAAGAUGCACUCACAUCAGCUGCUAAUUUGUCAGGGUGGGAUUUGCAAACCAUGUCAAAUGGGUAUGAGUCAAAGUCCAUUGAGGUGAUUACUGAAGAAGUGCUACGAGUGCUGGAUUUUAUGCCCAUGAAUGUUGCAAAGCAUCCCGUUGGAAUUGAAUCUCAUGUUAGAGAUGUACUUCAUUUAUUACAAAUCCAAACAACUGAUGUUCGAAUGAUUGGAAUAUUUGGCAUGGGUGGUGUUGGGAAAUCAACCCUUGCUAAAGCCAUAUAUAAUCGCUUGAUCCUGAGUUUUCAAGGGUUUGAAGGUAGCUGCUAUGUUGCAAACAUUAGACAAGAAGUUUCUAAUAAGGGACACAAUGGUCUAGUUGGUUUACAAGAGAAAUUUCUUCACAAAACACUUAAGAGAAAGAAUUUUGACAUUGAUAAUGUUGAUGAAGGAAUAAGUUUGAUCAAAGCAAGGCUGCAAUCCAAAAGGGUUCUUAUUGUUCUUGAUGAUGUAGACCACAUAAGUCAAUUAGAAUCAUUAGCUGGUCAGCGAAAUUGGUUUGGUUUAGGUAGUACAAUUAUAAUAACAACUAGAGAUGUUCACUUGUUGAGUAAGCUUGGAACACAAGAGAAGUACAGGGUUAAAACAUUAAGCAUUGAUGACUCUUUGCAACUAUUAAGUUGGCAUGCUUUUGGUGUUCCUCUAGCAUUAGAAGAGUAUAUUGAACUAUCCAAAAUUAUAGCAAGUUAUACUGGGGGACUUCCAUUAGCACUUACAAUUGUAGGUUCUCAUUUGUGUGGAAAAUCUGUGCAAGAGUGGAUUGAAGAUGUUGAGAAAUUAAGACGCAAUCCUCAUGACGAUAUUCAAAAAAUUCUUAAAAUAAGCUAUGAUGCACUUGAUGAUGAUACUAAGAAUAUCUUUCUUGAUAUUGCUUGUUUUUUUGUUGGGCAUGGGAAAAAGGGCACUGCUAUGAUAUUGGAAGCUUGUGGUUUUUAUGCUGAAAGUGGAAUUAGAAGCUUGAUAGAAAGAUGCUUGUUAACAAUAGAUGGAGGUAGAGAAUUUGGACGUCUUGAGAUGCAUGAUUUGGUACAAAAUAUGGGAAGAGAAAUUGUUCGAAAGGAAUUCCCUAGAAAUCCUAGCAAACGAAGUAGAUUGGUGGAUCCAAAGGAUGUCUUUGAUGUUCUUCAAGGCAACAAGGGCACAGAAGCAAUUGAAGGGAUGAUUGUAAAUUCUAACCUGUUAAAGAAUGUGGUUUUGAGUACGGAAGUAUUCACAAGGAUGGUAAAUUUACGAAUACUCAUAUUAGAUGGUGUGCUUCUUAGAGGAUCUUUUAAAUAUUUGUCGAAUGAGCUUAGGGUUCUUAAGUUGACUAAUUGCCAUUUGAGUCACAUACAAUCGGAUUUUCAUUGUAUGAAACUUGUUGAGUUAGACUUUAGCAGUAGCAACAUCGAAAGAUUUCAGCCCAACAUGCAGCAUUUUGUAUGCUUGAGGAUCUUAAAGUUCGAUGGUUGUACACAACUUAAGAGUACACCAAACUUUAAUGGGGCACAAAGUCUUCAGACAAUAUCCUUCAGUGCUUGUUCAAAUUUGGCGAAUGUGCAUCCAUCGAUUGGAAGUUUGGAGAGGCUUGUUAAGUUAGAUUUUUGGAAGUGCAAGAAAUUAAAGGUGCUUCCAAGUAGCAUUUGCAAGUUAAAAUCACUUAAGUCCUUAGAAUUAUAUGGUUGCAAGAAUCUGAGGGAGCUUCCAAUUGAAAUUGGAAAAUUAGAGCAACUAAGAAGAUUAGAUAUUGUAGAAACUGGUAUCUCAUAUUUACCCUUUUCUUUGGGAUGUUUGAGAAAUCUAGAGUCCCUGGACCUGGGAGAGCCUGUAGGCUCGGUAGCUGUUGAUUUUUUCCCAUCUUCAACUGUGAAUUUAUGCUCAUUGGAAAGUCUAAGUGUGAGUUUCAACAAAUUGCAGCAAGUAAAUCUUUCAGUUGCUAUUGGGAAUUUGACCUCAUUGACAUUUUUAAAGUUAUCCGGAAUUUGCUAUCUUGAAAGCGUAUCAUUGGACCUUUCUCAUCUCUCCAAUUUGAGAAUCCUCUUCCUCAAGGAUUUGCAAAAUCUUAGAGAACUUUUUAAACUUCCACCUAGUUUGGAGAGUCUCGAUGCAUAUAAUUGUGUGUCAUUAGAAAAAAUAGCAGAUCUAUCCAACUUAGAAAGACUUGAAAGUUUGGAUAUUAAGGAUUGCAAAAGUUUGGUUGAGCUUUCAGGCGUACAGGGUCUUGAAUCCUUACAAACACUUAAGAUUGGACAGCGAAAAGCUUUGACUAUCCCUUAUCACUAUUUGCAUGAAUCCUUACAAAUUGCCCUUGGAAGUUUGACUUUAUUGGGAUUUUUAGAUUUAUCGGGUUGUUGGUAUCAUCUUCAAAACUUACCCUUCAGCCUUUCUCACCUUUCUAAUUUGAAAUUUCUCAUAUUGAAUGAUUGGCAAAAUCUAAGAGCACUACUACAACUUCCUCUUAGUUUGGAGCAUCUCUCUGCAAAAAACUGUGUGUCAUUGAAAAAAAUAGGAAACUUGAAAAGACUGAAAGGGUUGUAUAUUCCCAAUUGCAAAAGUUUGGUUGAGCUUCCAAGAUUGGAGAGUGUUGAAUGCUUAGAAUAUGUUGAGAUAAGAAAUUGCAGCGCUUUGAGAAUUCCUUCAAUUGAAAAUUGGUUUCAGGCACAUUCAGAAGGUAAUACUGUCCAGAUUUCGCUUCGAGUCAUCGGAGAUUCUGUAUAUUGCAGUAUUCCAAGACUUUUGAGGCAUACACCCAUUAAUACCAUUAUUAACAGUGGUUUUGAUGGUAAUGAGUUUGAUGGAGUUGGUGUUAGUGUGAGAAGCAAAACCACUGGUGCUUGGAUCAUAAAGGAACCCAAAUAUGUUAAGUUUAAAUUGUCUGAAAAAUGUGUAAUAGAGGUGGGAACAAGGACUGGAGAAGUAAUGGAGGUGUAUGCACAUUUCUUCCAUCCUCUGCAGAAGAAGAUGCUUUGUGUAUUUGAAAUACAUAGAAACGAAGAUGGAGAAGUGCGUGUCUUUCCAUCCACAAGAGGCUUCGUAGAAACUGAUGGAACAAGAGAUCGAUGUUUGGGUAGUCCCCAAAGUGAAAUUAGAUUAAUGAUUGAAGAAAGUGCUUCAACAUGUAGUGUAGGUUUAGAAGAGCAGAAUGAUGGUUGGAGCAGAAGAAGAAGAUGUUGCAGUAUUAUUAGGGAGUUUAUCCUCAAGUGUUUUUGUUUGGGAUGA